AUGGAUAAAGGAGUGCUUCAAAUAUCCAGUGAUGUGAUGAACGAAGACGUGUUGGUAAUUGAACCUUGUUUCAAUUUACCUGAACCAAUGGAAAUCCCUUACUAUAGCAGAAGGGUGGCGCCUGAGAAUAGUCAUCCGUCGCCUGUGGAAAUAUGUAUGCCCACGCCUUUUCCAUACGAGAGCACCAAGGCUGUACCUUGGAAAUAUGAGAUUACUGUUGUGGAUAAGGUUGUUGAAGGAAGUGCAGACGCUGAAGUGACAGAAGCUGUAAGUGAAGACGUCACCAAUAUUGCAGGAAUGAGCAUAAUGACCCGUAGUGGUCGAAUCUAUACGCCUGAAUUCAAUGUGACUCCUCAAGGGCCGGCCAAGGAAUCAACAGUUGUAACUCCUGCUAAAGAACUCGAAGUAGUCCAAUCCGAAGAUGUUGUUGAGUUCUUGAAGUUAAUCAAGAAAAGUGACUAUAAAGUGGUGGAUCAGCUGCAUCAAACACCAUCUAAGAUCUCUAUUCUGUCUCUGUUAUUGAGCUCCCAAGCCCAUAGGGAGGCUUUGUUGAAGGUGCUUGCUCAAGCUCAUGUAACACAAAGCAUAACAGUAGACCAAUUUGAUGGAGUAGUGGCAAAUAUCACAGCCUGCAAUACUUUGAGCUUCAGUGGAGAGGAAUCACCUGAGGAUGGACAAAAUCAUAAUCAUGCCCUCCAUAUCUCGAGAACCGUGAUUGGAGAGGUGGAACUACCCAUAUUGAUUGGCCCUCAUGUAUUCCCGAUUUACUUCCAAGUCAUGGAUAUUAAUCCAGCGUAUAACUGCUUACUGGGACGUCCUUGGAUUCAUGCUGCAGGGGCAGUUACCUCCACCCUACAUCAGAAAAUGAAGUUUGUAGUGGACAAUCAAUUAAUCAUCAUUUCUGGAGAGGAGGACUUUGUGGUCAGUCACCUUUCAUCCUUCAGAUAUAUUAAGGCUGAUGAGGACGCUUUGGAAACUUCUUUCCAAGCUCUUGAAAUAGCCAAUGCCACUUUUGUGGAGAUGAAGGACCCUGUUGGGAAAGCUUGUUCAUCUUUCGCUUCUUUGAAAAGUGCAAAGUCUAGCAUUGAAGGAGGAAACCCUGAAGGUUGGGGUCAACUUAUCGAUAUUCGUGAGAAGCAUGAUCGCUUUGGUCUGGGAUAUGUGCCUUCGGCUGCGAAAGGAGCCCGAGUCCCUGCAAAGGACAACACCCAAAGCAUCCAGGAAGUAUUCCUCAGCACAGGAUUCAUCCAUGGAGAUCAGAAGAUUCGUCAAUACUUGCAAGAGCCUCCUAUUUUGAUUCCACCUGUCCCAGGAAAGCCAUUAAUCAUGUACAUGACUGUGCUUGAAGGAUCAAUGGGAUGCGUGUUGGGGCAACAUGACGAAACUGGUCAGAAAUAA